UUUUGGUUGUUAGUUCUAUUACCAAUUUUUUGUUGUCGUUAAUAAUAAAAGUUAAAAACAAACACGCAAGGACUUGCGCUGUAAACUAUUAAAUUGGUAACAAACUACAAAACCAAAUCUACAGCAAUUGGCGUAUCGCAAAUUAUACGUAAGUAGCAGUUAACCGUGUGUGGACGUGUUGUUGUGGCGGGAUUGUACAUCGCAAAAGAGAAAUUGUUUGGCACAACAAAACGCUGCAUUAGCAAGUUUACAAUUUCAUAUAAAAAAAAUUUCAUUUAUUUGCAUUUAAUUAAGUUUUCAAAUCAUUUUAGUUAACCAAUACGUAAGAGUAAUAUUAUUGCAAUGGAUGAAUUCAAAUCAAUUACACUCAAUUCAUCAGUGGUGAAAAUCAGUGCUUGUUUGGAAAAAAUUUACCAGAAAAUUUGUGAAAGCCACGCCAAAAACAUAUUGGAUCAUAAUAUUAAGGAAAUUGAAUUUUUGAAAGCACAAUGUAAAACAGAGAAUGCAAAAUUAAGUCUUUUGAGCUGCCAAACGUUUGUGCGUCUGGUGGAAGAUGGUGAAAUAGAUGUCACAAAUGUUUUGUCAAUGCUAAUAUCUUUACUGCCAACUGCAUCCCAAACCCAAUAUAUAAUAAUAACAGAGUCUAUAGACAGUUUGUUGAUGCUCACACUUAAAAGGAAAGCUGCCAAUUUAAAAAAAGAUGAGGUCUACAAAAGUCAAUUUGGUCUGAAGAUUCAACAACAUCCUUUCAUAAUAUUGUUGCAAAAUCCCUCAGUCAACAUGAAUGACAUUGGAAAUAAAAUUAAAAUGAUCUGCACGCAUCAUGACUCGCAGAUAAGGGAUAUGAGCAUUGAAUACCUACGUCCAGUAUUUCUCUAUAUACUUUGUAAUUCACAAAAUUUAUCAGAUUCCAAAACAAUAUGGACUAUUCUAUUAUCGUUAUGUAAAACUAAUCGAGAUGCACAUGCACUUGUCCUAGAGGUAUUAUCAUGGAGCAAAUUAUGUUCAACAGCGACUUGUCUCUUUACGAGCAUACUUCUCACCGAAGCAAUUGAUUAUUUCCUUAGUAUUAAGGAUAUAUCAUUAUCAGUUGAUUUAUGCAUUUAUCAAGCUUUAGUUGUCAAUAUACUUAUGAAGUAUGGUAUAGAUCCACGUCCAAGUUUAAAUUCUUUACUGCGUGUACUUCAUUCAGCUCGGGAACACACCCAACAUCAUUACAAUGUUUUACUUAUAUUAUUUGCUGAUGGUUUGCAUAUAUUAUCGCCGUUCUAUCUGCCCGAGUUAUUGCGAAACAUUGCAUUUAUCGUUGUACAGGAGAACUGUGGGAAUCAAUACAUUCUGAACAUGUGUCUUGAUGGUAUCAUCCAGUGGAUGUCUCAGACUGCAUUCAUACCCCCAGAAGGCAUGACGCUGGCUCAUCAAAUUAUAAAGAAAAUUUUAUCACUAUCCAAUAACACUAGCUCUUAUGAGAGUCCAACACGUACCAAAGAACUAAAACCAGCACAAAUACGUUAUUUCCAUACAGAUAUUGCAAUUGCUUUUGAUUUAGCCAAUUUGGUAGAAUCAUUUGAUGAGUCCGAAUUCAAGGAUGUAUUUAAUUUUGUUGAUACACUCAAUGUUAAAUCAAAUACGGCUUUUUGUGAACGUUUGCAUUUAUUUCUGCGUGCGCUGUUCUUAUCGCAUGAGCCUUCAAUUGAUUGUUGGUUCAAAAUCUAUGAAUCAUUGCUGGAAAUAAUCAAAAUUAAUAGCAACAUUGCUUAUGAUUUUCUAAUGACUUACAUAUUUAAAUUAGCACAUGAACAUAAUCCGGAAGUGCAAUUGGAAUUACUGCGUGGUUUGCCUGGUUUUGCAGUAUCCAAGGACAAUGUUCCAAUGAUUUUGAGCACUAUUCGUAAGUUAACUACAGAAAAUGCGUCGUUCUGUUUGGAUUUAUAUAUGCGUUUAUGGCGUGUGGAUCCACGUACAUACACAUUUCUCUGCAAGUUGUUAUCACUGCCUAAUAAAAACAAAGAUUGGGAAUUUAUUGUUACAAGGACUAACACGAUUAAAGAGAUAUGCAACGAGAAACCAACACAACAUGGAGCAGAUUUUGUUGGUAUACUAUCCGAAACUCUUACUUCAAACUCUGAUGAAGCAGGCGAUUUGCCAACAUCUCUAGCACUGGAUGCUAUAACUUUACUUUGUACUAACGAUGUUAUAAAUAUAACAUCUGCAUGGAAUGUGUUGAGUAAUAAAUUUCGUCAUGAAACACGUCCACGUUCCUUAAGAUCAUUAUUUCGAUUUUUUGCUCGUAUUCCUUCACUGCAAACGCCCACCGAUGAUUAUGAAAAAUUGGUUGAUGAAGCCUUAGAACAGCUAUGGAAAACUAUAAGCCAUCCAGAUUCUAAAUCUGAUUUGGUAAAAGAAGCAUUCUCUGCACUUAAAGAUUAUGAUCCCAGUUCUAUGUUGACACUACGACAUAUACCAAUUCAAUAUCGUCAACAUAUAAGAGCAGUACAAGAGUAUAUAGGUUCCAGUGGGCGUGAAGUUGUGGAUUUACAAAGAGAUCGAAUACCUGGUGAAUGUUGGGUACAAGUACUUCAGCAAAUGCGACCAGAUUGUGGUGGAGCGGUAGCAGACUUAAUAGCACAUUUUAUAUAUAACGAAAUUAAUGAAUAUCGCAGUGGGGUGUAUCGAUUGCCUGAGGGUAAACCAGAACCCAGAAAGUUGACACAAUUAACCAAACAUAGUCCAUUACGUGAAAUUAUCAACUAUCUAGUGCAUCAAGCACAAUUGGGGGAUCAUAUAACAGAACCACAUGUUGUAACUAAUGCAUUGCGUGCAAUAUCGAAGAAGUUUCCAAAACCCAUACCGCCAAUUGACUGGAGUUUUUUAUAUAGUUUCUUUCAUAUCUCAUUUGAUACACGAAAAUACUGCAUACUUAUUGCAACAAAUCAAGUACUUUACUCUGGUACCGCUAGGCGUUUAUUAGAGAACUUUCUCUUGGACUUUGAACCCAACUGCUUUGAGGAAGAUUUACUUUUGUUAUUCUCUUUGCUACCUGACAUUAGUGGUGGAGUUAGUUUACAAAUUACUAAAAAUUUUGCGGAGAAGGUGUCUGUGUACUGUUUCAAAGAAUCGCAAUUAAAUGGAUUUGUUGAAGGUUGCCUAUUCGAAAAAUUUCUUGAUAGUGUCAAAUAUAUAUACAGCAAAUGUGAUUUACCAGAAGUGCUAGAUGUUUACACAUUAAUCGUAGAACGUCAUAUGGAUUCCAUGGAUUUGGAUUCUAGACUUUUUGAACGUUAUACUGAAGUUGUUUCCUGUUUACCUGUUGUUACUAUUGAUGGUCUCACCUCACCAGCUAACUGGUGGGAAACGCCAAUUGGCAAACUAAAGAAAGCCACAAUUAUACGCUGCUAUUUAGUGCUCUACAAUAGCAAAUUAGCGAAUCAGCUACAUUGGUUAACAACUAUUAUAGACGCAUUUGCAACGAAACGUGAGGAGCAUCAUUUUCUAUUCCGACAUUUAGCUGCUACACUCUAUGCUUUCAAUAGUGAUGAGCAAAGUUCCAGUUGGGUUAUGGAAUUACUGCUACAAAUUCAAAAUCUGUUGGCGGAAUCAUCAAAUAAAGAAAAACUUGAAAAGGCGUUAUUCAUCAUAGACGUUUUAAUAUUAACUGUGGAUGUACUUUCCGGUUGCGGUGUAUUAUUGGGCAAUUUAGAUAUUGUGGCUACAACAUAUAAAGCGCGCAAUGAAAUAUUUCCAGAAAGCCUGCAACUGUUGUGCGAUCAUGUUUUCUUUAAGGAUCAAGAAGUUAAAAUCUAUGAAUUUGUGUAUAAUCUUUAUAAAAAUCCUGCUAUUCCUGAUUCGUAUGCAACUAUUUUUAAGGACGCGAUCAUAUGUUCACGGAACAAAACUUAUUUUGAAACGAAGAGUAUCUGGACUAAAUACGUUGGUAUGCGUAGAUAAGGUGUAAUAGUACG